AUGCUCGAAAACGCUGGCGUAAGUUUGCUGACAAUCCACGGGCGCACUCGAGAUCAACGAGGACCAAACACUGGCCUUGCUGACUGGCAAAUCAUCAAAAAAGUAAAAGACGCCUUAAGAGUUCCUGUUAUCGCAAAUGGAAACAUACAGUGCUUGCAACACGCGCUAGACUGUAUCGAACAAACAGGAGUUGAUGGAAUUAUGACGGCAGAAGGAAACCUUUACAAUCCAGCUCUUUUCUCUGGUAUUUCUCCGCCAGCUUGGAAAAUAGCGACAGAAUACAUCGAAAUCGCUAGAAAAUACAAGUUACCAGCGUUGAGCUGUAUUCGAGGCCAUAUCUUCAAAAUUCUACAUCACGUGUUUCAGCAAGAAGAGCACCGAGAUCUCAGAGAUAAACUUGCACAAGCAAAUGACUUCGAAGAAAUCGGAAGUGUAGCAGAAGAAGCUAAAAAGACUUGA